GAAUAGGCUCUUCUUUCAAUCGUCGAGUAACCGCGGUCGGGCGCUGUUGAGUUUACGCUUGUGCAUUCGUUGUGAUUCGGUUCAAAAUCGGUAUGGCGAUUUGUUGAUAUUCUAAAUUGUUCGAACCGUGGGCAUAUAAUUACUAUAGAAGUAGCAGUGGAUUGAAAUAACGCACCGCCUCUGUUUACAUUGACACCGAAAAAAUUAUCGAUAAAGUCAUCGCCCUCUGUUUUUCGUUCUACUCGGAGAAAAUGACGAAAGGCGGUUUGUCGCCGGUGCUCGUCGAACAUAGUGGCAAUAAAAUGGACGGAAACGUCGUACCCGCAACGCCACCGUCCGAAAAGCGCGGUUUCUUUAGCCGUUCGUUUCGGCGUCGCCGGACAUCCGACAUAAAAAUCAACGACACGAUAAUUAUUAACGAAAACGUGGUGUUCAACGGUAACAACAAAAACGGCGUCAGUGCCACAGAUGGAGGAAAGGCCAUUGAGAACGGUAAAAGCGCCGCUGUUGCCGAACAGCAACAUGCCGUGAACGACAAAAAACCACCAUUGCAAAAAAAAGAGUCAUUAGUGGACGUAAAAAAAACAGCUCCGGUGGCACUCCAGCAACAGAAGGCUGUGGAAAGCAAACAGCAACAAGCCGACAAGAAGAAAACUACGGUGGAUGACAAGAAAACUGCGACAGAAGACAAGAAAAAAGCAGUGACAAAAAGAGGUAAAACUUACUGCAGCGGUUGCAAGAAAAAAUGUUCUGGUGAAGUACUCAAAAUAAAAGGUGAUAAAUACUUCCACAAGGACUGCUUCAAAUGCAAAAUUUGUAGCCAUUCAUUAGUGCAAGGGUUGUUUUUUUCUGAAGAAGGUAGCUGGUAUUGUCCUGAUGAUUAUCAAAAAUUAUUUGGUAAAAAAUGCACUGUCUGCAAUGAUUAUAUAAAAGAUGAAUUGGUUAUUGUAUUGGAACGAACGUAUCAUCAACAGUGUUUCACAUGUUCUCAUUGCAGACAACCUUGUCCAAAAGGAGAUCUAGUCACAUAUGUCGGAAAUUCUAUUCUUUGCUCCAAGUGCAAGGAAAUUCCUGUGAAACGACCAGCAUCUGCACAAUCUAAACAAAAUAGCACUAAUGAAACGGAUUGUGCUGAAUGUGGUGAUGACCUAAGGAACGGACAAGCACUUUAUGCUUUGGAUAGGCAGUGGCAUAUUUAUUGCUUUAAGUGUCAUGAAUGUUCUGCCGUGCUUCAUGGCGAAUAUAUGGGACGGGAUGGUGUUCCUUAUUGUGAAAAAGAUUAUCAGAAGCUCUUUGGGGUCAAAUGUACAUACUGCAGUAGAUUUAUAUCUGGAAAAGUCUUACAAGCUGGUGAUAAUCAUCACUUUCAUCCAACAUGUGCAAGAUGUGCCAAGUGUGGUGAUCCAUUUGGGGAUGGUGAAGAAAUGUAUUUACAAGGCGGAGCAAUUUGGCAUCCACGUUGUGGGCCCAGUCCGACUGAAAAUGGCACCAUAAUAAAUGGAGGAUCAAGUGCCAUGCUCAAUGGACAUUGCAAUGACCCUGAAGAGUAUGAUCGAAUCAGUUGCUCAGCUGCUAGCGAAACACAGUUUUCAUUACGAUCUCGAUCUCGUGCUUCAAGCUUUAAUGGUUCAUGUUAUAAUGGUUCAUGUAAUAGCAUGAGUAGAAAGCACUACUAUCGUGAUAUACCUGGAAGUCCAGGGCUAUUGCUUAGAGAAUAUAAACCGUCCAAUGUGCCUAUAAGUCGUAUCUACACUUAUAGCUACUUGACUGAAGAGCCAACUCAAGGAUAUUUGAAACGCCCAAUCGAUCCGUACGAUAAGCAGCCAACAUCGCCACAUUUCCACAGACCAACAUCUUGUGGUAGUGUACGUGGAAGUAGUAAGUGUUCAACUUUACGUUCAGCUGGCAGUCGUUCUGGUAUGAAAGCUUUGGUGGACAGUAUUAGAUCAGAGACUCCUAGACCAAAAUCACCUCAUAGUAUGAACAAUGAAGAACCUAUAGAAUUGGCUCACUACCCGGCUGCUAAACCUCCAGCACCUGGUGAAAAACCAAAAAUUGAAAGGGAUGAUUUUCCUGCUCCUCCUUGUCCUUAUACUGAUCCAGAAAAACGUAAAACAUGGUUUGAAAACUAUAAAGGUAUAUCAGAUGAUGAAGAUGAAGUUGAUCAAAAAAUGAAUGCUGAUAAAACAAUAGAUCAUAAACUAAAGAAAGAAGAGGUAGAACUAAGUAAAUUAGGAUCAGGGAUUGGAAAAGUAUUUUUGCAAGAAGUUCGUGAACGCGAAAAACAUCAAAAAUGGAAAGUUUCACAUAUUGAUCCUCGUAAUGCUUCAAGAUGUCCUUCUGCUGCACGGGAACCAACUUAUCGUCUAAGAUACCAGUCACCAAUAAAUGCUUCACCAUCUCGUAAUUUGGAUCAUCAAAGACCAUGGGAAGAAGAAGGUUAUUUAGACUCAAGUUACAGAUCAUCAGUAGGACAAUCUACUGGUGCUAUUCCCAGUUAUAACACAUACUAUCAUGGUCAGCAUGGGUCGGCUAUAAUCACAAGGGGCGCCCGCAAGUCGUGCACUCUUCCAGCCGGCUUCCACGGUGGCCCUGGAAAUUAUGUCAGGGAUGGGUUUUCCAUAAACGGCUUAGACAAUAAAACACUUAGCACAGAUUUUAACUGCGCUAGGUCUGACGUUUCUGCCGGAUCUAUAUCUGAAGUGGAUCAAGGCAACACGUGUUCUGAAAUACCAGCAUCAUCUACAUUCACUGGAUCAUUACGCUAUGUCACUAAUAUUCAUCGUUCACUACCCAACAUGUCUUCGUCGCAUCACAGUUCUGAACCUCCAAAAAUUUAUCCUUAUCACUUGUUACUCAUCACAAAUUACAGGCUGCCUUCAGACGUUGAUAGAUGUAACCUUGAUCGUCACUUAUCGCCCACAGAAUUUGAAGCAGUUUUCCAAAUGUCACCAGCUGAGUUCUAUCAGCUGCCCAAAUGGCGCCGCAACGAAUUGAAGCGCAGGGCACGCCUGUUUUAAAUUUAAAUUUACUUGCUGCUGUGUAUUAGAAAAAAGGCAAACAAUUAUUAGGCUUCUUGGUUAUCAACUUUAUCUUUAACAGCUAAAUUAUAUGACAAUUAUAUUGUAUUAUAAAUUAUGUUCUUAUACCAAAUUUUUCUAUAUUUUUAUUUAAAAAAAAAUAAUUACUUUAUUCCUAAUUUUAUUUUAAAGUUUAUUUGUGACAAUAUUUAAUUUUUUGUUUAUAGACACCAUAAAGUUUUAAUAUUAAAAAAAGUGUAUACUUAGUAACUGUAAAUAUUAAUAAUAUCUUUUAUGGCUUAUAUUGUUUUUGUGAUUUACUUGUAAUAGUUUUAGUAUUAUUAGACAGAAUUUAUAAUAUAUAUUUAUAUUAUUUAAACUAGCCAACUGGUCUAAUUAUUGUUUGAUUGUCAUAAAUGUUGUUGUCUUGAUACAAUAAUCUGUCAACUAUGUUUAUCAUUUUCAUUCUAAAUAUAAACAUAACAAUUUAAUUUACCACUAAACCAAUGUUUUAUGUACAAUUAUGUCAGCAAACUAAGCCUGCCUUACUCUCAAAGCUGGGCACUAGCUAAUUAUAAAGUUAAGUUUCAAUGUUAUUUUUAAAGUUACUUUCUAACUACUUAAGUUGGUUUUAAUUCAUAACAUUCUAACUUAACAAGUUGAAUUGAAUGCAUGAAAUGAUCUGUAGACAAAAAGUAAUUUUUAACUGAAAAUCCCAAUGUUUACGUUGCAUUGGUAACUGCAAAAUAGCAGACUAGAUAAUGAAUAUAGUUAAUAAUAGUUAUUAGAUAUUUGUGGUAAUAGAUAAUAUAUACAUUUUUAUCAUAUAAUAUUUCUUGUUUAACGGUUUAAAUCGAGUGUUAGGUGUGCACACACUAGUCACUAAAGCGGCAGUAGUGGUAAAAUUAUAUUUGCUUGACGAUAUCUUUGAGGUAGCGGUAUAAUGUUCCCGAACACAAUUUACCGUCAUCCUCAUAUUUAAUUCAAUUAAUCAAUCCUCAUCAAUAAUUUUAGUUAGAUAAUCAUUAAUUUAAUAGAAUAUUUUACAUUCAAAUAGGUUUUUCAAACUUCAAUUUUAAACUAUAAAACUUUCAAGUUAAAAAAAAAAUUGGAAAUUUCAGACACUUACUUAUAUACUAACUUAUAUACCUUAAUUAUUUUUUAUAUUAAAGAAACUUCAUUUGGGGAAAAAAAUUACCAACUUGCCCAGCUUUAGUUACUCUAGUGCAGCUUUAUUUGCUUUUACCUUAUUCAAGGUAAAUAUUAUUUUGUAUUCAAUACAAUGUGCACUAUUAUUUAGGAAAUUAUUACAAAGUUCUCUUGUAAUGAGAAAUUAUCUUCAUAAAAUUAUAUUGAUGUAUGUGUAUAUUAUAUUUUUAUAAGCAUAGUAAAGCUUGAUGUAGUAUUAAGUAUUUAAGGAAUUUUUUGCCAACAACACUGAACUCGUACGAUUUUGAAGCUAUAUUAACUAUAUCUGUACAAGUUGUAUGUAUAUUAAGUAAUAACAUUUGUUACAAUCAUUUAUUUACAUAAUAUAUAUUUUAUUACCGUACUAAAAUGUAAUGACAUUUUUAAAAAUAUGUUAUCGACUUUUAGUACAUAUUAUUCAUUACACAAUUUAAAUAUCUCUUUUAUUUAAUUAUUUAAUUUAUAUAUUAUAUACUAUUUAUUUAUACACACAAAUUACAAACAUUUGCAAUAAACAUUUUUUAAAUGUAUCAAUAGUUUGAUGUUUAAAUGUGAUUGGUGCUAGUCUUUUAUCGAGUCACAGUCUAAGGACAUAACAUAGAUAAACAUAUUUAUGAUUAUUAUAUACUAUGUAAACUUUUA